AUGAGUCCUCACGCCAUUGGAGACGAAGGCUACUCCCCAAGUCUCAACGGGAGUGGGUCGUUGUCGGACUCGAUCCCCGAACUGAGCACGACGCCAAAUGGCACCACAGAGGGCUUCCUUCCCAUUGCCAUCUGCGGAAUGGCAUGUCGCUUAGGUGGUGGAAUCCGAUCGCCAGAAGAUCUCUGGAAGUUUCUCGUCGACAAAGGUGACGGGAAGGUCGAGGUUCCUUCUAAUCGGUACAACAUUGACAGCUUCUACUCACCUACCAAGAAGCCUGGCACCGUUAUCACACGGCAUGCCUACUUCAUUGAUGACGACCUAACCGGCCUGGAUGGCUCGUUCUUCAACAUGUCAGCGGCGGAGAUUGAGCGAUGCGAUCCUCAACAGCGACAGAUGCUCGAGGUUGCUCGCGAGGCCAUCGAGGAUGCUGGCGUUACGGGCUGGAGAGGCAGCAACACGGGAGUGUAUAUGGGAAGCUAUGGCGACGACUGGGCGGACAUGCUGUACAAGGAGCCGCAGCCUGCUGGAGUGCACAAUGUCAUGGGCCAGUAUGACUUUGUUAUUGCGAAUCGAGUUUCGUACGAGAUGGACCUGCGAGGGCCGAGUUCUAUCUCCAAAACAGCGUGCUCUUCUUCGUUUGUGGCGCUGAGCGAUGCAUGCCUGGCCAUAGCGAGGGGGGAUUGCGAUGCGGCUCUUGUCGGGGGCACCAGCCUGAUUCUGACGCCCAAGACGACCAUCCUGCUCUCUGAAUUCGGCGCGCUCUCUCCCGAUGGCUCGUCCAAGGCCUUCUCGGCAGACGCCAACGGCUAUGCCCGCGGCGAGGCCAUCAACGCCAUCUACAUCAAGCCGCUGCACGCGGCGCUCCGCGACGGCAACCCGGUGCGGGCCGUGCUGCGGGCCGUCGCGACGAACCACGACGGCAAGACGCCGGGCCUUACCACGCCCGGGAUCGACUCGCAAGAGGCGCUCGUUCGGCACGCGUACAAGCUGGCCGGCAUCGGCGACUACGCCGAAACGGGCUUCUUCGAGCUGCACGGCACGGGGACCGUCGUCGGCGACAAGAUCGAGGCGAAUGCGGCGGCGCGCGUGUUCGGCGGCUGCGGGAUGCACAUCACGUCGAUCAAGCCGAACCUGGGCCACACCGAGGGCGCCAGCGGGCUGACGUCGCUGAUCAAGGCCGUCCUGGCCCUCGAGCACCGCACCAUCCCGCCCAACAUCAAGUUCUCGUCGCCGAAUCCGAGCAUUCCGUGGCAGACGGCCCGGUUCGCAGUGCCCGUGGAGCCGACGCCGUGGCCUGCGAGCAAGAAGGAGCGCGUCUCGGUCAACAACUUCGGCAUCGGCGGCACCAACGGCCAUGCCAUCGUCGACUCGGCCGCCAGCUUCAACGCGGCGCCCACCCUCAGCGACGCCUCCGAUCAUCCGCAGCUGCUCGUCUACUCGGCCAACUCGCCCGACGCGCUGCUGAGCAUCGCCGACAACUUUGCACAGUACCGGAGCAAGUACCCGGAACGCAUCGAGCAUCUGGCCUAUACGCUGGCAAACCGCCGCGAACAUCUCCCUCACCGCGCCUUCGUGGUCGCAAGCAGAGAGAAGCCGGGCAAUGUCUCGCCCGCAGUCAAGCCGUCACAGGCACCGAGCGUGGUCAUGGUCUUUACGGGCCAAGGGGCCCAGUGGCCGCAGAUGGGACGCCACCUGGUUCGCGCGAAUCCCGUCUUCAAGGCGCGCAUCGAGUGUCUGGACCGGCACCUGAAGAGCCUGGGGCCCGACGCGCCCUCAUGGACCAUCGAGGCGGAGCUGCGCAAGCCAGCUAAGAGCAGCCGUCUCCACCUCGCAGAGCUCGCGCAGCCUCUUUGCACAGCGGUCCAGGUCGCUCUCGUCGAUGCCCUGGCAGCUCUCGGCGUGCACCCUUCUGCUGUAGUCGGUCAUUCAAGCGGCGAAAUCGCGGCUGCAUAUGCCGUUGGUGCGUUGACUGCUCGGCAAGCCAUCACCGCGGCUUUCUUCAGAGGCCUUGUUGCCAACAAGCAGGAGCGCAAGGGGGCCAUGGCGGCCAUUGGCUUGGGCUGGGCUGACGUUGCCCCCUUCCUCGUCGACAACGUUGGAGUCGCUUGUGAGAACUCCCCCAAGAGCGUUACAAUCUCUGGCGAUGCUGGGAAGGUCGAAGAGGUCGUUGCGGCAAUCCAGCGCGAGCGACCCGAUGUCCUGGCCCGGCUGCUGAAGGUCGAGAAAGCGUACCACUCCUAUCAUAUGAAGGAAGUCGGCGACGAGUAUCUGCGGCUGAUGGGUGACGACUUCGUCCCCAAUGCCCCACACAAGCCGUUUUUCUCAAGUGUCACCGGCGGUCUCUUGAAACCCGAGAACGACUUCACACUUGGGCCGAAAUACUGGCGCGCCAAUCUAGAGUCGCCGGUGCUGUUCAAGGACGCCGUGGAAAGUAUAGCAAAGCACGGUGUGGGCAAAAAUGCCGUAUUUCUUGAGAUUGGGCCUCACUCUGCUCUUGCUGGCCCGCUACGCCAGAUUUUGACAGAAGCGGGAAACAACGCCGCGCCAUACAUUUCCGCUAUGAUUCGCGGAGAAAACUCUGUAGAGUCGUUUCUGUUUGCUGUCGGCAAGUUGUAUACGCUUCAUGUCCCGAUUGACUUCAAGGCUUUGUAUCCCGAAGGUGUCACUCUAAGCGAUCUGCCCCGGUAUCCUUGGGAUCACUCCAAGAAAUACUGGCACGAGACUCGAGUUACCGAAGCAUGGCGACAACAGCCAUUCCCCUACCAUGACCUUCUCGGUGUCAGGACUUUGGAGAGCACGUCGCACGAACCCACUUUCAAGAACAUGCUGCACCUGGACAAUGCUCCGUGGCUGCGCCAUCAUUCAGUUGGAGAGGACAUCGUCUUCCCCUUCGCCGGCUAUAUUGCCAUUGGUGCGGAGGCCGUGCGGCAGAUCACUGGAGUGGAGGAGGGCUUCCGAGUGCGCAAUGCAACUGCAACUACCGCUCUCGUAACCCCAGAGAGCACGCCCGUCGAAGUAAUUACUUCAUUCCGAAAGGUCCGACUUACCAACUCGCUCGAUUCUGACUGGUGGGAGUAUAACGUAUCAUCUUACAAUGGUCAUGGCUGGACUAAACACUUCACCGGUGAAAUCAGAUCGUGGUCCGAGAAUCUUGGUGUUGCCAGUGAAAAGGAUCUCAACAUCAAACCGCCGCGCAAGUGCAGCGCAAAGAAACUCUACGAAACACAAGCGCAAUCUGGUAUGGUAUACGGACCCGACUUCCAGGGCCUAGAGGAAUUGAGGUCGCCUACCAGUCUUCCGGGCUACGGAACAGCUACUGUGCGGAACAACAAACUGGGCGAUGAGGCAAACUACCACCUGCACCCUACCAUUGUCGACUUCUCAAUUCAAUUGCUGGUCGCUACCGCCUUGAUGGGCCUCAGCAACGACUACCGGGUAUACUUGGCUACGAGUGUUGCCGAUCUAAAGGUGACCCGCUCUUCGGCGGACCUUAAAGCUAUUGCCUCCGCAUCGUAUGCAGAGGACGGUUCGAUCGUCGGAGACUGUCAAUACGUGGCUGACGGCGUGGUUGUCCUAAGCAUGACCGGGUUUAGCUUGAAGGAGAAGCCCAAUCGAGGGAACACGGAUUCUCAUGCUUCAGCUCGUUACAUUUUGAGGCCUGACAUCAAUUUUCAGGACGUCAACGAGCUUGUCAAGGCAAAGCCAGGCUACUCAUCAUAUGGCCCUGCACUCGAUGAGCUUACUCGACUUAGCUUGGUACUCUCUCAGCGUAGUCUUGAGGGUCUUAGUACAGAGGCGUCCCAUCUAGCCAAGUAUCAUGCGUGGGUCAGCGAGCAAGUGCAAUCAUUUGAGCCGACUUCCAUGCUCACUUGGGCACAGGUUGGAAAUGGCGAGUUGGCAGCCAUAAUCAAGUCUCAGGUCGAGUAUCUGUCCAAUACCCCAGCCUCUAGCGCUGCGCACGCCCUAGCCAAAGUCAGCUCUAACGUGGCCCGAGUUUUCUCUGGCGACAUUGAUGCCCUCGAUCUUCUUCAUGAGGAUGAUCUGCUGAUUGAAACGGAAGCUCUCAUCAAAGACUUUGAAACGUCUGAGUUCCUGCGAAGCCUGUCGCAUAGCAAGCCUAAUCUGCGUGUUCUUGAGCUGGGAGCUGGCACUGGCAUCUCUACUACUAAGUUUUUGAGCGAGCUUGCGAACUCUUAUUCCAAGUACCAUGCGACGGACGCCUUGACACACGCUGUUGACACGUUGAAGGAACGAUUCAAAGGCCUAGCUAAUACCGCCUUUGGCAUCCUCGAUAUCGGUCAACCUCUGGACGGCCAAUUGUUUGAGGAGGGGCAGUAUGACUUGAUCAUCGCCAACAACAUCGUUCAUCAUACGCCGAAUCUGAUCAAUAGUCUGCAAAAUGUGCACAAGCUUCUCAAUCCGAAUGGUUACCUUCUCCUUCAAGAGCUAUCGCCAUCCGCUAAGUGGGCUACCGCAAUCUUUGGAAUCCUCCCCGAAUGGUCGAAAGACGCGGAUAUUCGAGGCUCCUUCGAAGCCAGUGUUGACUCCGCUACCUGGAUCCAAGUGCUCGCAGCGACAGGCUUCGACGUCGACGGUAUAAGCGCGUCUUCGAAGUCUGAGAGUCAGCUCAACACUAUUGCAAUUGUGCGGCCAAAAAUCCUCAUGAAUACUCCUUCCAGAAGGAUCUCACUUCUUGUUGGGGAAGGGUCUGAUACUCCACGGGUUCUAUAUAUAGACCAGAAGCUGCGAGAGCGAGGAUACGACGUCUCCUAUAUUACACUCAGCGAUGUUCCAGCUGCUGGGCAGGAUAUUAUCUCUCUCCUGGAUCUUGGCAAACCUUUCUUUGAAGGUUUCAACGAGAAGCAUUACGAGAAACUGCAGAAUUUUGUUGCCAGCGUCAACGGCUCUGGGAUUUUCUGGCUAACGCAGCUCUCUCAAAUCUACGUUACGGAUCCUCGUUACGGCCAGAUCGUCGGUCUAGCACGCACUAUUCGUAACGAAGUGGGCAUCGACUUCGCUGUUUGUCAAACUGAUCUGGAAUUCGCUGAUGACAAAGUUUGGGAGGUGUUCGACAAGUUUACUAAUAGGCAAACAGGGGACAUCUUCGAGCCAGAGUUGGAAUACGUUGUCACUGAUGGGCAGGUUCAUAUUGGGCGUUACUACCCACACUCCAUUCCUGACGAGCUGCUAUCGAGCAACCCCGACGGUCCGGUCGUUUUGACUGUCGAGAAGGGUAGUCGUCUUCGUGGAUUGCAUUGGGAGCGUCGGAAGGCCAAGGUUCCAAAAGACGACGAGGUCCAGAUCGAAGUUCAUUAUACUGGACUGAACCGACGGGAUGUGUCUAUCGCGACAGGAAUCAUCGACGCCGUUGAACCUGCCCUAGGCAUUGAGGCAGCCGGUGUUGUGCGAGCUGUGGGACCCAAUGUGAAGAAAAUUCAUGUCGGAGACCGCGUAAUGACUCUUAGUGGGAAUAAUGCUGCCUCGGUAACCACAGACUCCGAGUCGUAUGUUGUCAAGAUUCCCGACAAAUUCAGCUUGGAUGACGCAGCGACUAUGCCAUUUGCAUACACCACUGCGCUCUACGCUCUACUUCAGGUGGGCGGUCUGGAAGAGGGACAGACUGUUCUCAUUCAUAGUGCGGCAGGCGGAGUUGGACUUGCCGCACUUCAAGUAGCCGAGACAAUCGGAGCCAAAAUUUUUGUAACUGUUGGGUCCGAAGAGAAGGCUGCGUAUCUUGUAGAGUCAUACAAUCUGCCAAGGAAUCGGAUCUUCGACUCUAGAGAUUCAUCAUUCGCCGAUGCAUUGAGGCGUGAGACGGAUGGAAAAGGCGUCGAUCUCGUCUUGAACUCGCUAUCGGGCGAGCUUCUCCACGCAACAUGGCGCACAGUCGCUGAGUUUGGUAAAUUAAUCGAGAUUGGUAAAAAGGACAUCUUGGGAGACGCAAAGCUGGAUAUCAGCGUAUUCCUCCGUAACAGGAGCUACUCUCGUGUUGAUAUCGAGCACGUUCGUAAAAAUAGGCCGGAGAUCGUCGCAAGACUUCUCAAACGCACGCUCAAGCUGUAUGCUGAGGGCCACAUUGGACCAAUACGCCCAACCAAGAUUUUCCCUGCGACCGGAGCGUUGGAAGCCAUUGAGUACAUGCAGAACGGUGCUCACUCAGGUAGGGUACUUCUUGAGCUGCGCGAGCCUAAUGGACAUACUCAUCUGACCUCCGGGGUGGUGGAGCAACGACGCCAGCCUGCAUUCGACCCUGAUGCUUCAUAUCUCAUCGUCGGAGGUCUCGGUGGCCUUGGCCGCUCCGUCUCCCUCUGGAUGGCCACGCAUGGUGCUCGAAAUCUCAUCUUCCUCUCGCGAAGUGCAGGCAAGCGUGCUGAAGAUGCGGAUCUUGUACGCGAACUGGAUUCGAUGGGCUGCCGCGUGCAGUUGGUGCAGGGCAGCGUCGUCAAUAAAGACGACGUGGUGUGCGCUAUCAAUGGUGGUCACUCGCCGCUGAAGGGCAUAUUGCAAAUGUCCAUGGCGCUCCGCGAUACUGUGUUCGCCAACAUGACGUGGGAAGACUGGGACGCUGCGACGGGCUGCAAAGUGCAAGGUACCUGGAAUCUGCACGACGUCAGUAUCGCUGCUGGCAGCGAGCUCGACUUCUUCGUCAUGUUCAGUUCCGUGUCCGGUAUCGUGGGCAACAUGGGCCAAGCGAACUACAACAGCGCAAAUACCUUCCUUGAUGCCUUCUGCCAGUACCGCGCCGGACUCGGUCUUGCGGGCUCGACGAUCAACUGCGGUGUUGUGGAGGAUGUGGGUGUUGUUGCCGAGAAUCAGGAUAUUCUUCGCCGCUUCCGGGAACAAGACAUCUGGACUAUCAAGGAGAAAGAUGUCAUCGACGCCUUAACUCUUGCGAUGGACAAGCCGACCCUUCGCCCAGGCGACGUCGACGGCUUCGUAUCGCCCAAUACCUUCAUGCUCGGCAUGCAAACCACCACUCCGCUCAGCAGUCCCAAAAGCCGCGCCGUCUUCCGCUCAGACCCACGCAUGGCCUUCUACCACAAUCUAGGUUCUAAUACCAGCGACUCUGCAUCGGAGGCUAAAACAUCCAGCGACACGGUACUCAAGACAUUCGUUGCGCAAGCCAAAGCUGACCCUGCUAUCCUCAGCACAUCCGACGCGACGACAUUGCUCUCGCGUGAAAUUGGCAAGAGGGUGCUUGCACUACUAGUUAAGGGAGAUGAUGAGGACGUGGACACCAGUCUGGGUCUUGCGGAUCUGGGUAUUGACAGCUUGCUGGCGAUUGAUAUGCGCAUGUGGUGGAAGCAGGUGUUCGGGUUCGAUAUAAGCGUUCUGGAGAUGUUGGGAAUGGGCACGUUGGAACAGUUAGGGAAGCUGGCGGCAAGUGGGCUGCUGAAGCAUUGGGGGGUUGCGUAACCAUCUGUUGAGAACUAUAUCAAUGUCAUCGCCUUUAUUCACCUCCCCACUAAGAGCGCGUUCGGUUGCCUCGUACGGUAGCGUACGUAGCCCAAGGCAUAGGCGAGCAAUUCGUUGCCACGCGAAAUACGUGUCCUCAACUUCGCACCCUCACAACUCCACCACCACGCACUCAAUAUAUACAAAUAAUAGCUUGUUUUGAAGC